AAAAAACAAGAAAAUUCACACUGUCGUUCUUCUCAUCAGCUCCCAAAAUUUUCCUUUUUUCCCCUUAAAUUUCAUUGAAAUGCUUCUCAGUACGCCGGAAUCUCAGACGGUCUGUUAAGCUACAGGCCGGAAAUAUCAUUUCUUUAUCCAUUAUCACCCGCCCCUUUCCUCUCAAUCUGGUACAUAAAAGGCAAGAAUGGAUUUAGGGGACAGCAAGUUGUUGAAUAUGGGUCUGCUGCUGAUCGCCACCGUGGCGGCGGCGAAGCUGAUCGCCGCCCUGAUCAUGCCCAGAUCCAAGAAGCGGCUGCCGCCGAGGGUGAAAUCGUGGCCUCUGAUCGGCGGGCUGGCCCGGUUCCUGAGAGGCCCGAUCGUGAUGCUCCGGGAGGAGUACCCGAAGCUGGGGAGCGUCUUCACCCUAAACCUGCUCAACAAGAACAUCACGUUCCUGAUUGGGCCGGAGGUCUCGGCCCAUUUCUUCAAGGCCCCGGAAUCCGAUCUCAGCCAGCAGGAGGUGUACCAAUUCAAUGUGCCCACUUUCGGGCCGGGAGUGGUUUUCGAUGUGGACUACUCAAUCAGGCAAGAGCAGUUCAGGUUCUUUACUGAGUCUCUCAGAGUCACUAAGCUCAAAGGUUAUGUGGAUCAGAUGAUCAUGGAAGCUGAGGAGUACUUUUCCAAAUGGGCAGACAGUGGUGAAGUGGAUUUAAAAUAUGAACUGGAGCACUUGAUCAUCCUCACAGCCAGCAGAUGCCUGCUGGGGGAAGAAGUUCGCAACAAGCUGUUCGAAGACGUGUCGGCUCUCUUCCACGACCUUGACAACGGCAUGCUCCCCAUCAGCGUCAUCUUCCCCUACCUCCCCAUUCUGGCCCACCGCCGGCGUGACCGGGCCCGCAAGAAGCUGGCCGAGAUCUUCUCUGACAUCAUCGCCUCCCGCAAGAAAACCGGCAAGUCCGAGAACGACAUGCUACAGUGCUUCAUAGAAUCCAAGUACAAAGACGGCCGCCAGACGACCGAAUCCGAAGUCACCGGUCUACUCAUUGCCGCCCUAUUCGCCGGCCAGCACACGAGCUCCAUCACCUCGACUUGGACAGGGGCCUACCUCCUCUGCCACGGCAAGCACAUGUCGGCCGUUCUGGAAGAGCAGAAGAGUCUGAUGAAGAAACAUGGUGCUACUAAGGUGGACCAUGAUGUCUUGUCUGAAAUGGAUGUCUUGUACAGGUGCAUAAAGGAGGCUCUGAGACUCCACCCUCCAUUGAUAAUGCUCCUAAGAAGCUCACACAGUGAUUUCCAGGUCACCACGAAAGAGGGGGUCGAGUACGACAUCCCCAAGGGCCACAUCGUGGCCACGUCCCCUGCUUUCGCGAACCGGCUCCCGCACAUUUUCAAAGAACCGGACGCGUACGACCCGGACCGGUUCGGUCCGGGGAGGGAGGAGGACAAGGUGGCCGGACCGUUCUCGUACAUAUCGUUCGGGGGCGGCAGGCACGGGUGUUUGGGCGAACCGUUUGCGUACUUGCAGAUAAAGGCGAUAUGGAGCCACUUGCUGAGGAACUUUGAGCUGGAACUCGUCUCCCCCUUCCCGGAGAUCGACUGGAACGCGAUGGUCGUGGGGGUCAAGGGGAAGGUCAUGGUGAGGUACAAGCGCCGCAAGCUGGCCGUUGAUUGAUUGGUUGAAUGAACUCUGCUGCCAUUUGAUUAGCCAUAUCUGUUAGUUCCUUCAUCUCUUCCUUGAUUGUUUUUUGGGUUUUUUGAUGACCCUUUUGCCCCCAAAAACAAAAUAACAGAACAUUUUAAUGUAUUUGAGUUUGGUGGUGUUUUUUUUUUUUGUUUUCAUGUAAAAAUUUGUUUGUGGGCAAGUCUAGUCUUUGAGUGAGUGAAUUCUAUUUAUGUGGUCUUGUUCUAUUGUGCUGCUGCUGUGGUUAC